AUGGAAAAAAAAGAAAUUGGCGUUACGAUUCCUCCCGAAAUUCGUGUUCCUUCGAAACCAGAAAUAUUUGAUGCUACAGGCCACAAAUAUGUAUUUAAAGUUCGCGGCGAAUCAUACCCACCUCUUCGUAGAACCCAUCGUCAUAAAUUUAGUUCUAGUCACGAAUCGCAAAGAUGCAAUGAACAUGAUGAAUAUGAUCAAUAUAUCGAAACUUUGGAAGCGAAAUUAAAUGACUUGGAAUAUGUAAUCAAUGAACUUGUCAACCAUAAUCAAGUUGACAUUUCGAUGGAAUUUGGUAAAGAUGAUAUAAAUUUUUCGCAAAUUGACACGGAAACUCUCCUCGAAAUUUCCAAAUCCAUUACAAUCUCAUAA